AUGGACACAACGAUAGAUUUGGCAAACUUGCCGCCAGCUGCGGACCGCCAAUCAAACUUCGAACAAGGCGUUGCCUGUGCAAUGAACUUGUGGCCGGCGCUUACUCUGUCGGUACAGAACAAAUGGGGAGGAGACGACUCGGCCGAUAAGAGAGACUGGUUUACGGGAGCCAUUGUCGACCUAUUUCCCGAAUUUACGGACGAUGCCAACGCCAAAAGUGCUCAAGAAGCCGAUGUGGAGGAUGUCGAGACGGUGCUGCUGCAAGUGAUGAUGGACGAGUUUGAUGUCAACGUCGACGAUGACUCUGCUUACGAGCUGGCCCUGCAAAUCAUCCGCAUCCGAAUGCAAUGUACAGUCGGAGAAUACACCGAAGUCAAGGAACUUCAGCAGCGGUUCGCAAGCAAGACGGGCAAGGUCGACCAACUCUUCAAGAAGGCCGAGGAUCCCGACCAAGAUACCGAUGCUGAGCCCGAUGAUAGCGCUGCUGAAAGCGAUGAUGAUGAUGACGUGAACAUGGACGAAGCACCGGCCUUGGUGCCUACACGAAAGGAGAAGCCUGCACCACAAGUUGACGAAGACGGAUUUACCAUGGUCACCAAGAAGAGGUGA